UUUGCUCACGAGCCACAUUCAACACGUCCAACUAGCUACUUAAUCACGAGACAAGGAUGGCGGUUGCAGAUUCCAAGACCUUCAGAAGUUUAGCAAGUUCGAACUUUAAAAAUCAGAGUUAUCAAACAAGCAACAUCAGCGACAAUGCAUUAGCCUCUCCAACAAUCUUGAAACAGUGUAAACAAGGACAAGGGCUAACUGAUGCCUUGGACCGUGCAAUGGAGGAUAUUACAGCACUAGAGAUCUCUACACCUUCUUCUCUUGAUAAGUCCAGCAAGGACUCACUCAGUCACUCACAAACAAAACUCCAAUUUGAGGAACCACUUGUCAGGCGAGAGAAGUCAAGGCACAAAAGGGAGGGCUUUGCACUGUCAAGCAAAUCCGGAGCUCCAUUCCCUAAAGAUCUACUUGAAGUUUUAGGGACUUCAGAUAUACAGACUCUGGAGGAUCUAGUGGCUAAACUGGAGUUUGAGAAUGAGCUGCACCGUGUGUGUGGGAAUCAGGACGUAGACAAGGAGUUUCUAUCACCAGUGGAACACAGUUCAGACAGCUUAGUAGAGGACAGAAGCAGCAGCAAUGGAGAUGUGUCCAGUUCAGAGGAGGACCACUGCAUGUUAGAGAUUGUGUUGCAGAUGGAAAGGGAGUAUGAUCUUUCUGUUUAUUACAAUGACUUCUGUACUCAAUGACAAGGCCCUCAUUCAGCCAGUUAUCUGUACACAGAGCAUCGUGACAUAGGUUUCUGUUGAUAACAACUCCUCAGGAAAGAUUUAAGACAAACCUGUCUGUAAUUAGCAUUAAAUCUGGGCUCACUUUACAUAAUACAUAAAACAAUCAGAGAAGUGAAUUAUUCAGCAGCAAACUUGCAGUUUUUUUAAUGUAUCCCUCUACUUUAUUUUGUAAAGAGACAUCUAGGCUGUCAUAUUUCAUUGGUUUAAGUUACUGUAGUUUCUGUUUUUUAUACACCAUAAAUUCAGUUUAUAGUAUUUAUAACCAAUAUUAAAACUAUUUGAUUGUAACAAUCUAUAGAACAUUGCUCUAUUGUAAAAACUUUGAUUGUAUGUUAAUAUCAACCAUCAACCUGUUAUCACUCCUCAAGUGACUUAUUACUCCUCAAAUGUAGAAUUACAUAAAGUUAAAGGAAAUGAAAACCAAUAAAAACAUGUUUUUAUUACAUUUAUUUCUCCACGACUGGUCUUUGCUAUACAUGAGUAAUACACUACUGUUAGAUUCAGGACUUUACAUCUUUAUCAGAAACUCCCCUCACAACAAAGGUUUUAAGGAAUGUCUUCAUUCAGUAAAGAGUCUAAAAAAACAAGAGUAUCUUGCACAGGAGGGCAAAGCCAAUUGAAACAAAUGCAGCAGGCAUAUUCCUACAGAGGCAGAUGCUAGUAGCAAAAGCCGUUGGUACUGGUGAAGGGAUAUUGUGAUUGUGAUGAAGAAAAUGU